AUGUCCAGUCCAGAGUCCAGUCCAAAAUCCAAUCCAGAGUCCAGUCCAGAGUCCAGUCCAGAGUUCUUUCCAGAGUCCAGUCCAGAGUUCAGUCCAGAGUUCAAUCCAGAGUUCUUUCCAUAGUCCAGUCCAGAGUCCAGUCCAGAGUCUAGUGCAGAGUCCAAUCCAGAUCCAGAGUCCAGUUCAGAGUCUAGUGCAGAGUCCAAUCCAGAGUGUCCAGUCCAGAGUUCAGUCCAGAGUCCAGUCCAGAGUCCAAUCCUGAGUGUCCAGUUCAGAGUCCAGUCCAGAGAGUUCAGUCCAGAGUCCAGUCCAGAGUCUAACCCAGAAUCCAGUCCAGAGUCAAGUUCAGAGUCGAGUCCAGAAACCAGUCCAGAUCACCUCGCCAUGAGGCCUGCUCGUCCAUUUUGA